GCUGAUCGUGACAGGCUAACAGCAGCGGACUGUAAACAUGGCGGCGUGCACAGCUCUCGGGCUGAGCCGAACACCCCGUUCCUGUUAGACACAGAGCCGGAGACACCCCGAACAUGGAGACCGAGGAGGAGCAGCACAUCACCACGCUCCUCUGCAUGGGCUUCCCGGACCCGGACGUGAUCCGAAAGGCGCUCCGGCUGGCCAAGAACGACAUCAACGAGGCGGUGGCGCUGCUCACCAACGAGAGCCCCGGACUCGGCUAUGGAUACGAGCCGAUGGAGAGCGGGCCUGCCCCCGGCCUGGGCUCCGGGGGAGACGGGGAGAGCAGCGGGCGGACCGGGACUGGAGGGUUCGAUCCCCCGCCCGCUUACCACGAUGUAGUGGACAGCGAGGUAAGAGCAGCAGCUAGCAUCCAGAGAGCUAAUUGCUAAUUAUAACUCACUGACAGAGCGGGGCUCGCCCAUUUAACUAGCCUAGCUUAGCUUCGAUGCUAACUGCAGAGAGCCCAACGUGCAGAGCUGUCAAAGCAGUAGGUGAGACCCCCUCAGGUGAGACAGGACGGGACAUGUCACCAGCUGUCAGUGACUACAGAAACCUCUGAAAACACACACACUGUUCACACUACUAACCAGCUAGACUAGUUACUCUUCACUAACCAGCUAACUCUGCUAGCCAGCAGCUGGUUAGCUUCCUCAGGGGGAGAGCCUUAACGCGCCAGUACCUGUGCAGGUGUGUCCGCAGGGAGGCGUCUCUGUGGAGGGUUAAAGCUUUGGGGGCUCAGGUGUUUACAGGUAAUCUGAUCGGACUACCUGCAGAGGAUGGGUCAGAAAAGAUGAAUUUGAAGUAGGUAGACCGGGUAGCACACUGGUAAUAACCAGGUAACAGUCAGUGGAGUUAAAGAACAGAUCAUAAUCAGGUGUCACUUUGAUACAGUUCUAUUCAGACACUAAUCAGGUUGUUAAAUUUAUGAAUCAGUUACAUGUCAGGUGUUGAUCAGGUAUUAUUCAGGUGUUAAUCAGGUGUUGAUCAGGUAAUGUGUUGGUAUUUGUCUUGAUCAAACUUGACACUGAGUUGUUUAUCAAGCUGUGUAAACCUGUGGUUAGUGUUGUAUUAACUCUGAUUCAGGCUGAUCUGCUGUAGUAGAGGGCUGAGGAUUUCAAGAGUAAACCUGCAGUGACUCUUUAUUUAUGCUCAUGAUACCCUACAGUACAGUUAAUUUACAUUUCCUCUCUUUAACUGUGAAAUCUUCAUCAAUGUUCAACCCAGUAUCAGUUUUUCAUCCAAUAAAAAGAGAGCAGAUUAGCCAAUAGCUGAUCGAGUAUGGGGCUGAUAUCACAUUAUUGUGGUAAUAAUUGUGGUUUUCAUUUGAUAAAAUAUAACAAGUACAGACACUGCAGUCUAAUAAACACAGUUGUCUCCGUCUGAAAGAUGAUUUAAACAUGAUUGACCCUCUAGCUUUUAAUUGGCAGGUAGAGGACAGUGUCUAGAUUAGGAAACAGUGGAGAGUGGGGGAAUGUCAUGCCAUCAAGUUUCUCCUGAUAUGAAUUGGACUUUUUCUACUUUUUUUUUUUUUAGAAACAAACAAGAAAACACAUUUGACUUUCUCACAUAGAGACAUUCAGUUAUGUGUCUGCCGUCUGUUUAGGACAGUACAUUUAAAUCCUUCACACAGUCAUGUGCAGACAUGCAAACAUACAUGUUCGCACUCAUAAGCUGUCACUGCGCACACAUAUUUAAUAUGUCACCGUCACAUCCCUAAUCAUGACAUAAUAGUUGUAUAAACAGCAGCGACUGUUUGAGAUUUAUGGCAUUUCAGUUUGGAGGGAAAAACCUGUUUUCAUAUUAGAAGAGUUUAUGUUGCACAAACAGGGUUAUGGCUCUGUGUCUGUGAAUAAGAGGAGCAACACCUCCUUCACCAUCUUUAACUCCUUCGCCCCCUUUUCUUCCUUAACCACCCAGCUCACAGCAGUCUCACUGACAGGAUGCCUGAUUAAGCAAUCCACCUCUGAUGGUCUCAUUGUGAAAGUGUGAAAUCAUGUCAGUGGAAUGAGACUUUAGCCUGUAUAGAAAUUCCUUAUAGAUCUGUAAAUAUCAAACUAGACAUGUUUAAUAAUUAACGUUAUUUUAAUAAGCAUGCAUAGCAAAGUAUGCAUACACUUAUACACAGUCAGCUGUGGGGAUUAAUGUUUAUCUGACAAUCACAUGACACCCGUCAUUGAUUGACCUGUAGCUUCUGUCACUUUCACACUUGUCCUGCUUGUGUCACUGACAACUGAACUGACCUCAUACACUCACCUGUUUCACCGGUCUGUUCUUGAACUCACCUGUCUGUUAAUGUUCUCACCUGUCUGUUAUUGUGCUCACCUAUCUGUUCUUCUACCAACCUGUUUACCUAUGGCUGUGGUAUAAAGCUGAAAUAACCCCUGAAAACAAGACGAGCUUGAUCAUUAAAAAGCUCAGAGGUGGAUUAUUAACCUUAAGUUUUGUUUAAAGCUGCUCUGUGUGUUUUCGCUCUGACAGAACCACAGACUGAUCAUAGAUCACUGAUUUAAUUAGCAUGAUUGUUUACUGACAGACAGUUUGUCAGAGCUAACCUGCUGCACCACAUUGGGGAGAUGUUCAUGUAAUUUUUCACCUGUCUCUCCUGGCCUGUAGGGUCAUGGAGCUGUCAAACCAUCUAUGCAUUUGUGAUGGAGAACACAACAUUAGUUUUCAUUGUUGUUUCGGUGUUUGUUUCCCUCUAUAAAGCCAACUCAGCUCUCCCUGUCCCUUCUGUCGGUGAUGUUAAUUGAUAAUGUGCUCAUACUCAUUCACUCAUUCAUAUCACCUUCUCGUCCUCACAGUACAGGAUUCGCAUUUAACUGUCUGUGUGAGACAGAAGUUAAAGUUCAGAUUUGUUUCCUCUUUGUCUUUAUAAAUCAGUGUUUAACUGUCGUCCUGCUGUUUUUAUUGAACUAACUGAACUGACAGCAUCCAAGUCUCUGUUUCUUCUGUGCUAAUAUACACAAUUUAUUAGCAUGUAGUCUCUCUGUCUUUACCCCUCUUAAAACUAUCUUUAUAGUGUCUCACAGGCGUUACAUUCCUGUUUAACUAUUGUGUGUGACAACUCCAUUAGUUAGUCUCUUAGGUGCUUAGAUCUUUGAGGUGUCACAAAAAGGUUUGUGCAAAGUCACAGUGAGGUGAAUCAUAACUGUGCAUCAUUCAGUCAAACAUUCAUAUUCGAUUUUGAGAUGAAUGUCCAGAAUGAUCAACAGACGUCUGGACUAUGAGGUGGAUGGUGGAUGGUGCAGCUGCACAGUCUUAUACCUGUGUGACUCUGCAGACUGAUUGGUCAGUGUGUUCUCAACUGACCGUACAACCAUCCCUAUACUAUAGCAAGGACACACUGCACCCACCAACAAGCUUUACUUCUUCAGUCCUCCACCUUUGUUAGCUCAGCUCUGUCAGCCCAGUCCUUUUAGCUUAGCCUUGAUAGCUUACCCCCAUUAGCUUGGCCCUGUUAGCCUAGCACUGUUUUCUGUGUAUCAGCUGUGUGUUUCUGCUCUCUGGUCUCAUGUCUGUUCCAUAUUUAGCUUCGCAGUCCCUCACACAGUGCUGUUGUUUUGCUGGGGGGUCUCAGGGGGGCUGCAGGGUGCAUAGUAACAGAGCUAAAUUGCCCCAUCACACACACACACACAUAGAUGAACCAUCCUCUGCAGGUCUGAGCUCACAGAGCAGAGUAGUACAGAGCGAGUGUUUUCUGUGUGGAGGGUUAAACAGGAUGUCAGUUCUCUGUAAUAAGAUUAGUCUUUGGUAAUAAUCUGAGAGUUUCCUUGUAAAAUUCUGUUAAAUUAACCUUCAGGGUUAGAGAUCUGUGACGAUGUUUGAAUCCUGGCGCAGCUCUCUCAGUUUCUCAGUUGGUCAGCUCACAAUCGUCAUGGGGUCUCGUAGAUCCAUAGUUAUAGUCAUCAUUUCACUAAUAAUCUAAGUGUUAAUCUUAGAGAAUUAACUCCAACUGAGUUAACCUUCAGGGGGCCUUUAAAGGUGUUUGAAUCCUGCAGCAGCUUCUUCUCUUUCUCUGUUUCUGAGCUAACGGUCAGUCAGUCGAUCACAGAGGUGUGGGUUUCUCUCCUUUCUGCUUGCUUCCUCUGCUCCGUCCAUCUCUCUGUCAUCCUUCAUCGUCUUAUUAAAGGAAGACAUGAAACCUGACUCCUCUCUCUCCUGUCCUCCAUCCUGUCCUCCUGCCCUUUCCAUCCCUGUAUACUGGGUGAAAGCUGCAUGUAGACUGUUUAAAGACUGGAUAUGGACUGAUUGUAAACUGGAUAUAGACUGAAUAUAGGCAAAAUUUAUUGACGAAUUAUAGACAGAAUAAAGACUGGAUAAUGACUGAUUAUGGACUAAAUAUAGAAAGAACAUCGACUGAUCAUAGACCGUAUAAAGACCGGUUAUACACUGAUAAUAGAGACUCGAUGUAGUAUUUAAUUGCUGUAUUGACUGAAUAAAGACUAGAAAUGGACUAGUUGAAGACUGAUUAUAGGCUGACUUUGGAUUGAUUAUAGACUCAAUAUAGACUAAAUGUAAACUAAAGAUGGACUAGACUGAUUAUAGACUGAAUAUGGACUUUAUGUAGACUGAAUAUGGACUGAAUUUGUGCUUUAUAUAGACAAAAUAUAGACUGGUAAUGUACUUAAUACAACACAGACUUUAUGUAGACUCAAUGUUGACUGAAUAUGGACUUAAUUCAGGCCAUAGACUGGAUUUGGACUGUUUAUAGACUGAAUAUAGACUGAAUAUGGACUGGUUAUAGACUAAAUAUGGACUAUAUAUAGCAGUGGUUCUCCAGGCUCAAGUCCAGUCCUCGAGGCCCACUGUCCUGCAUGGAAAACAUCCAAAACGUGCAGGACAGUGGGCCUCGAGGACUGGACUUAAGAACCACUGAUAUAUAGUAUAUACACUGCGUAUAUAGACUGUGUGUUUCAGUGUAAUGAUCAGGUUUGCUAAGCUUUAUCACAGCUGUCUUAUUCAGACCUCCACCCUCAGACAUUCACUCUCUGUGUGACUUCAGGGAUUCCUUUAAAAUGAGAUGAUGCAUCUGACAGAGUUUAUCAGAGACAAUCAAGGUCGUUCUCUUCUCUUUCUCUGAGUUUAGCUUCUAUUAUCAGAUUCAAAGAGUCCAUCAGAGCACAGAGAGGAGCCGCUGUCUGUACUCAUUGAACAGACCUCUACAGGUUUAGGACAGAUUAUAUAGGACAGAUCAUAGAGACGACAGAUUAAAGGGAGGACUGAUCAUAGAUAAAACAGAUCAUAAUGAGGACAGGGUCUCCAGAAGACACAUAGGACUGAGGAGGAAUCCUGCUCAGUGACUGGCUCACCCCUCUAUAGAGGACAGAGACGCUGAUUCACACCCUCCUGCUCCCUGUCUGUUUCUUAAUCUGUGUCUGUCUUUGCAGCGGAGUAAUGAUGAGAACGGGAACUGCUCUGGGGGCAGUAUGGAGUUUCCCACCACUAACCUGUACGAGCUGGAGAGUCGGGUCUUCACCGAUCAUUGGUCCAUCCCCUACAAGAGGGAGGAAUCUCUGGGGAAGUGUCUGAUAGCGUCCACCUGCCUUGCUCGCCAUGGUGAGAACACACUUGAGAAAUGAUGUUUAAUGUCUGUGUUAGAAUAAAUGCUGUUUAUAGUCUCAUACAAUUAGGUACAGCAUGAUACAGGGAAAGUCAACCUGAUACAAUGUAAUACAGUUAGAUACCGUACCAUUUAGUCAGAUAUGGUUUGAUGUUGUGUCAUACAAAUAGAUACAGUCAGAUAUAGUUGGACAUAGGCCCAUACAGUCAGGUGUUAUACAGUCAGAUACGCUGUGAUACAGGUAGAUUUAACCUGAUGCAAUGUAAUACGGUUAAAUACGGUACCAUUCAGUCAAACACGUAUUGAUAUAGUGUCAUACAGUGUGAUACUGUCAGAUACAGUCAGAUACAGUCGGAUACAAUCUGACACAGGCAGUACAGUCAGAUAUAAUGAAAUACAGGCAGAUACAGUCAGAUAAAAUCACAUACAGUCAUACAGUCAGAUAUAGUUAGAUACAGUGUAAUACAAUCAGAGUAUGAUACAGUCUCAUACUGUUAGAUACAGUAUCACUCUUUGUGAUACAGUCAGAUCCAGGCUGAUUCAGGCUCAUACAGUCAGAUCUUCUGUUUAAAUGCUUGUAUUUAAUCUGUCUCCACUCUUUUCAGGUCUGGCUGACGCAGAUGAGAACUGUAAGCGGUUCAUGGAUCGCUGUAUGCCUGAGGCCUUUAAAAAGGUAAGUGGAGGAUCCCUUACUCCCUCUGCAGAGUUUUAUUCACUGGUUUUCAUUAAUUGAUUUUUUUUGAUUGAAUAUGAUUGACAUAUUUAUUAUGUUGCACUGACUGUUCUGUAUCUCCUGUGCUGCUGUCCCGUAGCUGCUGACCAGCAGUGCGGUGCAUAAGUGGGGCACAGAGAUCCAUGAAGGGAUCUACAACAUGCUGAUGUUACUGGUGGAGCUGGUGGCGGAGCGGGUAAAGCAGGACCCCGUCCCCAUAAACCUGAUGGGGGUCCUAACCAUGGUGGGUCCUAAGUUUGUCCAACUAUUUGACUGUUCACUCCUUUUAUCCUGUCUCUGCAAACUGUCUGCAGAUAAAAGUCUAAAAAAUGGAAUAUGUGGAUAAUUGAUGUUCAAGUGACUUUAAAUCUUAAAUAAAGUAAUUACUAUUAUCAGAUGUUGGAUGAUAAAAUAGGGGAGUUGCUUAUUAGUACUUCCAGGAAAAGAGAACCUUUACAGAAGGAGGUUUCCACUGCAGGAAGUCCGCUCAGGGGCAAAUUUUGCUCCUCGUGCUCAGAGCUUUUACUUAGAAAGUCUUGUAUGUCAGGGCUGGGUUUGGUGAUGCUUGCAGGGGGUUUCAUUGGUAUCAUUGUGGGCAGUGAGGUGUAACAUCAGCUGUUUCCUCUUCCUGUCUGAGGGCUGAUUCAUCACAGGUGCCCAUCUACUGAAUUAACACAGUUAAAAACACAGAUAAGGUUCCUGAGAGUUAAAGCUUGAAUCAGAGUUUAACUCCAUUAGUUUUUAUCGCAGCUCAUUGGAAACAUCCCUCACUCUGAGAGUCUGUCUGCCAAGACUCUUCACUAAAUCUGACUGCUUGUCUGAGUUAUUGUUUAACAUUGAUGAAUAUGUCUUCCCGUCUGUCUCUGUCUCUGUGCACAGGCCUUCAACCCCGACAACGAGUACCACUUUAAGAACAGGAUGAAGGUGUGUCAGAGGAACUGGGCCGAGGUCUUUGGAGAUGAAGACAACAUGUUCGCUGUGUCUCCUGCGAACACCUACCAGAAGGUAAGAGAUGCAACGCCUCUGUCUUUGUCUCUCUUUCUGUCUCUGUCUGUCUGUCUGUCUUACCCUGCAAGGGACUGUCUGUGUUGAUUGUGGCGCCCCCUGUGGACAAAAGUGCACACCUCAUCUCUUUUAGGCGUUGUCCUAAACUUGCAGAGGCAAAAAUCUCAUUCUGCUUCUUUUUAGUAGUUCAACAACCGGCUCACUUAUUUUUAUGGGAAUAUUUGCCUUGAUUAAAAAAUUAAAAACAGGCAAUCGCUCAGCUGGUUUAACACCUAAACCCUCACUGUUAAUAUUUACAGACUAUAAUUCUUUUUGUAAACCCUUCAAUGUGGUUUUAGCCACGAAAUAUAACAGUCCCAUCACAGCAGUCAUGUUGCUGAUGGUCUUUUCUGUUUUUAUGGGUCAUAAAAAUCAUUAUCAUUAAUUCACACACACACAAAGACACACACACACACACUGAUGUGAUGUUUACAGUUUGUGUUCAUGUUGGAACAGAAAAACAAGUUGUUUAUAUCUGACCCCCCGCAGCUCAGCAGAACAUGACACUGACACACAACAGCAGCUGCAACACUUCAUAUAUAUGUGUGUGUGUGUGUGUGUGUGUGUGUGUGUGUGUGUGUGUGUGUGUGUGUGUGUGUGUGUGUGUGUGUGUACACGCGCGUGUGUGUGUGCGUGUGCGUGUCACAUGUAUCAUGGCCGUGUUGAGAUACAAUAACAGGUAUCUGUGUGUUUCAGGAGCCUCAUGGUUGGCUGGUUGAUCUGGUGAAUAGAGUGAGUAUCAGACUGUUGUCACUUGUUUAUUAAAUAAAGUUUUCAAAGUAAAAUUCUCUCAAAACUUUUUGUCCUUUCCUGUCUUCCUUCGGUGAAGUUUGGAGAGCUGGGAGGAUUCACUGCCAUCCAGUCGAAGCUGAACGCUGAUGAAAUUGAGAUUGCUGUGAGUCAAACUGACACUCAGAAGUGACGACAUGUUUUCUCCCUGAUCACACACACACUUUGAGGUGAAAGGUCAUUGUUUUAACCCCCCCGCUGUCAGCUUAAGAAUGCUCAACAUCUCCGGGCCCAGUUUCUUCAAACUGUGCUGUGGUACGAUCCUCCUCCUCCUCCUCCUCAGUCCCUGCUGGUCUGCACUCAGUCUGCUGCAGACCCUUUAACGGGCCUCAGCAUGAUUAACUAUGACAUAACUAUGUAGACAUGGCGUUAACUUCUCCUUGUUAUGUCCUUCAUUUACAGGAAGCUACAAACCUACAGAGACCAGGACAGAAACUUUACAGUCUGUCCUAAACUCUCUAAACAGAGGCAGUGAAUAUCAGGAGUAUUACAGGAUUUAGACCAGAUAAAACAACUAACAGACACGCUCUGGACGGACAUUAACCAGUAACAAAAACGCUCAAAUCCAGCAGAUAACAUUCAAGAUGUUAAUCGAUUUAUUGAUCCGAUCACACUCUGACAAACAUCCUGCUGCACUGACAGAGGUCUCCUAUCAUGUCCCAGUGUUUAUGGUUCUGAGCCUGUGUAAUCAUUUCACUGUGUUUCAGUUAUUCUGUAAUAAGACAUGUGUCAUCCUGUAAUAUAUCUCAUCUACAAACCCAGCACAGGCAGCAGAGUCCUCCUCGUUCCUCCCUUGAUUUCUCACUCAUGUUACCCUCAGUUUAAUCAUUUUUCCCAUUCUUCACCUGAACAAGAGUCACUUUUAUGAGAGUUGCCUUUUUUUACUGUCUUUCCUCUCAUUUUUUUAAGUUGGUAGAGGUUUUUUCUGUUGUUCUCAUUGACCCAACAGUCUGACAGCCUUCAGGUCCUGCUGUUUCCUCUGCACAGCUAUGUUGAGUGUGCAUGAGCAGCCAUACCUCUACCAACCAACCCACCAACCCAGAGCGAGGAAGAGUACAAAGCUCUUAAACUGAAGUUAACCACAAACCCUGCUGCAGAGAACAGAGCAUUGUUUACAGCCUAUUUCUCCAACCCCCCCAUCCCACUCCCAUCCCACCUCCCACACACACACACCCCAUCCCCUUUUCUCUCCCUCAGAGUGUGUCCGCUCUGGUCCAGCCUCUUGGUGUCGGAGCAGAGUACCUGAACUCCAGCCUUGUCCAGGUAAGACCCGAUGCUCCGUUCAGAUUGGCUCACUCUGUUUAUAUGUUUACCCUUUCCUCUCAGCGGUGUGUAAAGUCUCAUAUUGUUUUUAUUUUUCCAGCCCAUGCUCGAUCCGGUUAUCCAUAAGAUGAUCACGUAUGUGCAGAACCUGGAGGAGAAGGACCUAAAAGAUAAGGUAGGGUUACACAUUCAACACAGUUGUACAAAUAACAGGAAAAAAUAUCAACACAACUUGAUAAAGAUAAACAGAGUUAGUUUAUCUUCUUUGAGGCUAGAAUUUGAAAUGUUGGCAGUAGAUAAGCCUAAAACUAAAAAUCUGAGGUUUACUUCGCUCUUCAUCAUCCAUCAUCCUCUGAGUGUCAUGGGGAUCAGGCUGCUGUGAAACUGUAACACCAGAGCAGCAGAUAAACACAGGGGUCUUAACCCAGCAUCUCCUCUUCAUCCUCAGCGUCUGGUGAGCAUCCCUGACCUGCUGUCGGCCAUCAAGCUGCUGUGCAUGCGUUUCCAGAGAGAGCUGGUCACGGUGGUGGACGACCUGAGGCUGGACACACUGCUGCGGAUGCUCAAAACCCCCCACUUCUCUACCAAGAUGAACUCUCUAAAAGAGGUCUGCUCUAUACAAGUCAGAGCGAACGUUUGACCUCCAAACCACAACAUUUUAACAAAACCCACUCUGUCUGAUCCCCACAUAGGUCACAAAGCUCAUAGAAGAGAGCACCGUGUCCAAGACUGUGAAAAACGCCAUUGACACCGACAAACUGUUGGACUGGCUGGUGGAGAACUCAGUCCUGUCGAUAGCACUGGAGGGUGAGACUCAGAGAGAUUUAAGACUGGUUUAAAGUGAUCAGGCUCAGUACCUUCAGGUUUAAAGUGCAGCUGUUCAGUCUUUCAAAGUGUUUCUGUGUUUAUGUUGCAGGAAACAUUGAUCAGGCUCAGUACUGUGAGAGAAUUAAGGGAAUCAUUGAGCUCCUGGGGAGCAAACUGUCUCUGGAUGAACUCUCAAAGAUCUGGAGGAUACAGGUUCGAGCACUGUUACACUUAUGUAUCACAUUUAUAUUUAGUAUUUCACCUGUUUUUCCUGUCUGUUAAUAAAACACCUCUGUCAUCACUCUGGUAGAGUUUACGCUGUAUGUCAGCACUGAUGUUAUCAUCCACUAAUCUGCAAAUUUUCUAAUGAAUCUCUCCAUCUUUGAGAUCAAAAACUAUGCUAAUGGUUUCUGAAAAGUCAUAAGAUGAUUUAAAGUUUGAGCUCCAGAAAAAUUUCCGUCAAACUCAAAACCAGAAAUACAUUAAGUCUUUGGAAAAUCCUCCAACUUCAGACAAUGAGUCGUCUGUUGUGUCCUGUCAGACUUGUUGAGGAGUGGAGAGGAGAAAGUGUUUUAGAGUGUGUUUUGAUUGUUGUUUCAUUGUUGUUUUGUGAUUUCAGGCGGGUCAAUCAUCGACUGUGAUAGAAAACAUUCAUACAAUCAUCGCUGCUGCUGCUGUGAAGUUCAGCUUCGACCAGCUCACACACCUAUUUAUCCUCAUCCAGAAGGUCAGUGUGUUUCUGUGAGAGUCUGUGUGAUAAAACAUGUGUGUGAAUGUGUAUGUUUAAGAUGUGUGUGUGUGUAUUGAUAAUGUGAGUGUCUUUAUAAUGUUUGUGUGUGUUUGUGUUGUGCAGAGCUGGGAGGUGGAGAGCGACCGUGUGAGGCAGAAGCUGCUCAGUCUGAUCGGAAGGAUCGGCAGAGAGGCUCGCUCUGAAACCACCACGGGGAAGGUCAGUCUGACUCUGAUCACAUACGCAACACAGCAGGAGGUCCAGAGUCUGAAUAUAACUUUUUGUGUGUGUCUGUGUCUGUGUGCGCUCAGGUGCUGGAGGUGCUCUGGGAGCUGGCUCACCUGCCCACGCUGCCCACCAGUCUUGUCCAGCAGGCCCUGGAGGAACACCUAGGGAUCUUGAGUGACGCCUACGCCGUGAAAGAGACGGUGAAGCGCAACUACAUCAUCAAGUGUAUAGAGGACAUCAAGAAGGUAAGAUGGGACGAGAUGUAAAAUGAGAUAUGACAAGGGAUAAGACAAGAUAAGAGAUUUAAGAUGAGACAGAAAAGAGUCGAAAUGGAAUGAGUCAAGAAAUUAGAUGAGAAAAUGAGACGAGACAAACAAUGAGAAAUGAAAGGAGAGACAAAACAAGAGAGACAAGAUGAGAGAAAGUAGACUUGACGGUGCAGUACAAUUUGAGUAGGAUGAUACAAGAUGAGAUGAAAAUGACAUACGAGGGAUGAGAGAGGAUGAAAAGUCACUGGAUGUUAGAAAUGUUUCCAGAUGAUAGGAGACGAGAUGAGAGAGACAAUACAAGAGACAAGAAAAGAUAAGAGAGAGGAGACCAGAUAAGACAAGAUUGGAGGAGAUGAAAUGAGAUGCUAGUAGUUGAGAUAAGAGAGACAGUACAGUACAAGGUGACCAAGAUGAUAGAACGACGAGGUGAGAAGACAAUAUUAGAAUAUACAAGAUUAUGUGAUAAAUAAGAAGUAGAAAGAGGAAAUGGGACAAGGCAGAAAGAGAUGAUAUGAGAUGACACAAAGUAAAAGAAAAGAGUGAAAAGACAAUACGAUGUAAAGUAAUGUCCUAUGAGUCGAGAGAGGAGAUGAGACUAUAAUAAAGACAAAAUAAGACAAAAUGAGAAAGAUAUGACGAGGUCAAAUGAGACAAAAUGAUAUGAAUCAAAGGAGGUGUAAUGAGACGAGACAUGACAAGACAAGAUGACACAAAAUUAGAUGAGAUGAAACAAGAUGAGACAAGAAACGAACAGAUGGGAUGAGGCGAGAGGACAAAACGAGAGAUGACACAAGAACAUAUGAGAUGAGAUGUAAGAAGACAAGAUGAUAUGAGACAAGACGAGGCCAAACCAGAUGAGACAACAUGAUAGGAGUCAAAGGAGAUGAAGUGAGAGAAUGCAUGGCGAGAUGAGGUGAUACAAAAUUAGACAAGAUGGAAAAGAGUGAUAAAAACAGAGAGUAUCAGGCAGCCUGUGGGGGUCAGUCCGUGUGGUGGUGCAGUGAUUUCAAUCCACAUUAGACUGCAAAGAGGAUCAGGAGGAUAAAUCAAACAGGAACAUUAAGAUUAAAGAGGCACAAUAACCACAGACUGAACUAGAGGGCAUGAGAGAGUCAUUGAAAUGUCAAAGUUUAAAAUCCCACUUGUUCACACCUGUCUCCACACACUGUCACGUUUUGAAAACACAUCUGAAUAUCCACUGAAGCCUCUCACAGUGAGGGUGAUCACACUCAGGUAUGAGCCCACCUGUCUGAGCUGAACUCACCUGUAUGUUUGUAGACGGUCAGUCAGGAGGACAAUAAGAGCAGCGACUUUCUAAUAGCUUCAUGGAGCAAGAAGAGACAGAGCUCAGUGCUAAAAGUAAGAAACCUUUACAUUCCCUCUCAUCUGGGACACACCUGAGCUUCACACCUGACAGCCAAUCGGGAAGCAGGGGUUCACUUCACAGGGGGUUUUAACCGGGGGGAGUUAACCAGGUGUGUUAAUCUGCUGCUCACAGCGCUGUCUCUGAUUGCACUGACCCAUCCUGAACCUCAGGGGGAUCAGUCUUAUGACCGGUUCAUCUGUUGGAUCAGGCUAAUGACUGGAUCAUCUGAUGGAUCAGUCUAAUGACUGGAUCAUCUGAUGGAUCGGUCUAAUAACUAGUUCAGCUGAUGGAUCAGUGUAAUGACUGGUUCAUCUGUUGGUUCAGGCUAAUGACUGAUAUAUCUGGAUGAGUGGUGAGCUUUGGUGAAGAGGAGCUUGUGUCUUUAUUCCUGCGGAGAUGAAAUCAGAGCCUAAGGUGAAAUAAAGUGUUUGAUUUGGACACUUCAAAACAGAUGAAACAACCUUUGAACUCUAUUACUUUUAUCAUCUCUGACUCUGAUUUGUUUUUCUGUUGUUAAGCUACAAAAACAGAAAACCUGGGAACACAAAGUUUUUACUGUUUCAUCAUUUAAGCAUAAAAUCUGACUCUUUAAAUAAUCUCAGGUUCUGUUUUUGUAGCCUGAGUGUGUUUGGGUUUAAAUCCUGCUGUGGUGGAAAUCAUUAUUCUGUGUGUCUGUCUGUGUCUCUGUGUGUCUGUCUGUUUGUCUGUGUACUGUGUCUCUUUAUGUGUCUGUGUGUGUUUGCCUGUGUGUGUGGAUCUGUCUGUUUCUCUGUGUAUCUCAGGCCUCUCAGCCCAGCAGUCCUCAGUCGGUCUGGGUGGUUCCUGCUCUUCGUCAGCUGCAUGAGAUCACUCGCUCUUUUAUAAAGCAGACAUAUCAGAAACAAGACAAGGUAAUACACACACACACACACACACACACACACACACACAUAUCUCUCUAAUGUAAUGAUCAGUGUACCAUGUGAGUGCAUUGUUGUCAUGGUAACCAUCAUCUCCUACUCCUCAGAGCAUCAUCCAGGACCUGAAGAAGAACUUUGAGAUCGUCAAACUGAUCACAGGCUCUCUGGUGUGCUGCCAUCGGCUCGCUGUGACAGCGGCAGGGAGUAACGGGCUCUCAGGGUCCACGCUUGUGGACGGACGAUACACCUACCAGGAGGUGGAUUUGAUUUUCAAUCUUGUUUCAGAUUAUUAGAUGAAUAUAACAAAUCAGAAAUGCUCAAAGGUAAAAAAGGUUAAACUGAAACACUUUUAACAGGGUAUUAACUUCAGUUCAAGUCAAACGACUAUUAACUUCUAUAGGGACAGUUUGAAAGGUGCAGUCUGUAGCAACUAGGCAUAAAAAGCACUGAACUACAGGCAACAUGUCAAAACUACACUGACAGAUAAACAAACUUCUUUCUCUGUCACUGAUCCUGGUCCCCAUCAUCAAGGACAGAGUGAAACUGAUCAGCUGUCAGAUUGAACAAGAAGUCUGCAAACAUUAAACAUUUUCUAUUUCCUUCCUGCUCUUAGUACCUGGAUGGCCACCUGCGGUUCCUGGCCUUCUUCCUGCAAGAGGCCAGCCUCUACCUGGUGUGGAACAGAGCCAAAGAGCUGUGGGAGUGUUUGGUGUCAGGACCUGACGUCUGUGAGCUCGACAGAGAGGUAACACACUUACACUCAAAAUAUACACAUAUACAAUCACCGACCACUUUAUUAGGUACAUUUUGCUCAUAGGCUACUGGAUUGGACCCACUUUUUCCUUCAGAGCUGCCUUAAUUCUUUAUAGCAAGUUGUUAAAACCCUCCUCAGAGAUUUUUGUUCAUAUUAACAUAAGAGCAUCACACAGGCUCUGCAGAUUUGUCAGCUACACAUACAUGAUCCCAUUCUCCUCUGACCUCUAACAUCAGCAAGGCAUUUACAUCCACACAACUGCUGCACACUGGAUAUUUUCUCAUUUUCGGACCAUUCUCUGUAAACCCGAGAGAUGGUUGAGAAAUAGAUUCAGAAAUACUCAGACCAGCCUGUUCGGCACCAACAACCAUGCCACAUUCAGAGUCACUUAAAUCCCCUUUUUUUUCCAUCCUGAUGAUCGGUUUGAACUUCAGCAAGUCAUCUUGACCACGUCUACAUGCCUAAAUGCAUUGAGUUCCUAACAUGUGAUUGGCUGAUGAGCUAUUUGCGUGAACAUGCAAUUGAAUAGGUGUACCUAACAUAGAUGAUAUGAAAGUAUAACAUGUUACAAAUAAUAAUAAUAAUGAUAAUAACAAUAAUAAUAAUAAUAUGAUAUAUUGAGUCAUUAACGUGAAGGUAAAGAGACAGUGAUUCAGCAUCAUUCACAGCUAUUUCAAAGCAUUUAAAUCUUUGUUAUGUAAAGAUGAAAACUGAUCAACCUUUAUCGGUUAAGAGUCACAUUUCAACUUAUGAGAAACAGUUGGGACAGGCAGAGAACAGACCUGGUCCUUAUUGAUUAGUGCAUUUUGAUUUCAUCAAUUCAUCUAUUGUUGUUAAUGUUGUCACUGAUGUUCACUGUUGUCUAUGCUGCUGCUGUUGUUGUUUUUGUGCAGAUGUGUUUCGAGUGGUUCACUAAAGGACAGCAUGACCUGGAGAGCGACGUUCAGCAACAGCUCUUCAAAGAGAAAAUCCUCAAACUGGAGCCGUACGAGAUCACCAUGAAUGGUGAGCUACUAUUACUACUGUAAUACUGUGCAUCAUAGUAUUUAAGUAAAACAGUACUACAGAAUGACAGUAUGACAGCCGUAUUACAGUAGUACAAUGUUAUAAUGUCAUUUAACAGACACUUUUGUCCAAAAUCAAAGGUUUACUUUUACAGUAUGAUACAGUAAUAACAGUAUUAUUACAGUGAUACAAUAUUAGCACAGCACAGUGUAUAGUUUUGACAGCUCAUUGAAGUGAGGUCUGUUCAGGUUGUUUGUUGUUGUCAGAUUCAUGAUUUCUGAUGUAUUUAGGGAAGUCAGGAAAUCUUAACAAUGAAUGUCAUUAAUGACAUAUAGUACAUUAGUGUCUCAGUGUAAAUGUUUGAUCUAGAACAGAUAAUAAGAUGUUAGCUUAGAUAUGAGUUUAUAGAGAGCAAUAAAAGAUGGACUACAGACUGAGACCAGGAAACUCUCAGACUGAUGUACAGACUCCUGUUUACAGAUUACACACUUCGACACACAGUGGAAUAACAGCAGAAUGUUUCUGUCUCUUUUAGGUUUCAACCUGUUUAAAACAUUUUUCGAGAACGUGAAUCUGUGCGACCAUCGGCUCAAACGUCAGGGCACUCAACUGGUCAGUCCGCUCUGUCAUUUCUAACACUGCUGUCAAAGAUUGAACCUCAUUAUUUCACCUGAUGAAUAAACAUGGUGGUUUAACAUUAGAAUUUUGUUUGUGGUCUGACCUCAGUGUGUGGAGCGCCUCGACCUGGCAGGGAUGGAUUUUAUCUGGCGUAUCGCCAUGGAAACCCCUGAUGAAGAAAUAGCCAAUGAAGCCAUCCAGCUAAUCAUCACAUACAGCUACACCAACCUCAAUCCCAAAAUGAAGAAGGUGAGAGUGUGAGAGUGUGUAUCUGUGACUGUAUGAAAGUUUGUCAAAACUCACCCUAAAUUUGUUAUUAUUAGAAUUUCUUUCUUAUUCUUCCUCUUUAUUAUUUUUAAUCUUUUUUAUUAUUAAUAAGAACAACAACAAUAAUAAUGAUAAUAAUAGUGAUAAUAAACAUUAGGUUCUGUACCUGCAGGAAGCAACAGUGCACAGUGUUAAGGGUGUGUUAGGGUGAGCAGGUGUGUUAAUGAGCAGGUGUGUUUACGAUCUUCUCCUCCUCCUCCUCCUUUCAGGACUCUGUGUCUCUGCAUAAGAAGUUCAUUGCAGAUUGUUAUAAGCGCCUGGAGGUAAGCUUGUCAGUCACUGGACAGGUGAGUGUUAUUUCAUCGCAGGCACUCCUGAAACUGUUUCUCUGUUUGUCAAUCAGGCGGCAAGCUCAGCUCUGGGGGGGCCGACCUUGACGCAUGCUGUUACCAGGGCAACCAAGAUGCUGACGGCCACCGCCAUGCCAACCGUGGCCACGUCUGUACAAUCACCUUCAAGGUACAGAGGGGGGUUUGGGUAAGGACGGAGUCAUUGAGGAUACAAAACAUCAGGCUGAAAGAGGUGGGGCUGACUAACAGGUGAAAAAAAACACCUUUUCAUCUCCAGGUCCACUAAGCUGGUGAUAAUCGAGAGACUGCUGCUAUUGGCUGAACGCUACGUAAUCACCAUAGAGGUGGGUUAUCUCAGUCUUCAUUGCAGACAGGUUUUCAGUCUAAUAUGAACACCUGAGGACACAGGUUUUUCAGCAUACUGUCAAAAUCUGUUUAUUGUUAUUAAAUCACAAUCAAAUCUGUUAACUUUCUCCUCGAAGCUCUGUGGUCUUCCAGCUGACCUCACAGUGACUUAAAAGAAACUGUGAAACUACAACUAAGAUGAGAUAGAUACAGUGAACCUGAGACUCAGCAGGGGCAGAUAGAGAAACACAGAGAUUCUGUUGACACGGAUAUAUUUGUCUCUCUUGUAGACAAAUACAGUGAACAGAAACACGGUGGAGAAUGAGACAGUAAAAGAAAGACAAGGGGGGUAUGAUAAAGGUUGAGAGGAACUACCAACAGAUACAGUGUAACUGAGACUCAAAGAGGACAGGGACUGUACAACUGAGACUCAGUGUAGACCAACACAGUAAAACCAAGACACAGCAGAGACAGUCAAGUGAAAUUGAGACUAAGUGAAGAAGGCUACAGUGAGUCUUUGAGGAGACUUACCCAUUUGAACUGGUUUACCUGUCUGUUUUUGCCUCUGCAGGACUUGUACUCUGUUCCUCGCACCAUUCUACCUCACGGGGCGUCGUACAACGGACACCCCAUCAGCCUGCACAUCACCUAUGAAUCAACCAAAGACACCUUCACCUUAGAGGUAUUGUCAUCCUGUUCCUGGAACACCUUUUUAUCGUAUAUGGAUCCAUCUGCAGAAAAAUGACCUCUCUGUGUUUGUUUGUUUGUGUGUUUUACUUGCAGACACACAGUAAUGAGACUAUAGGCAGCAUCAGGUGGAAGAUCUCAGAGCACCUGAGCUGUCCGGUGGAUAACGUGCAGAUCUUUGCCAACGACAGCGUGGUGAGUGUCUGACUCUUUGUCUCUAAAAGUUUAAAUCAAGUUGUACCUGUCGUCUUCUCACUGGGUUAUGUUGCUCCUCUCCUGGUCAUGUGUUUCCCCUGAAGCCAGGUAAAGGUAAACUCUAAAAAUCAGAGGUUCAUUCUGCUCAGAUGUCCUGUCUUCUUCGUUGGUAUUCUCUGCGAGUCAGGGGAAACACAGCCUCAAACAACCUCACCCCUUGUUUUUCUCUGACUCCGCCCCCUCGCUGCCCCUCCCCCCUGUGUUAGCUGACCAUGAACAGGGACCAGAAGCUGCUCUCCCAGCUGGGCUUCAGCGACGAGCAGAAUCUGACCGUGAAGAGCUCCGGCACCGGCACACCAUCCGGCAGCUCCGAGUCAUCAGCCUCCGCCUCCAGCAGCUCCAGCUCGGCCGUCUUUAACUCUGCCUACGCCUUAGAGCAGGUAUCGCCCACACCUGACCCACUGACCAGCAUUCAACAAGUGAACAGACUCAGAGUCUCACAGUGUGUGUGUGUAUGUGCCCUCAGGAGAAGUCUCUGCCUGGCGUGGUCAUGGCGUUGGUGUGUAACGUGUUUGAGAUGCUGUACCAGCUCGCCAACCUGGAUGAGCCGAGGUGAGAGGGAGCGAACAGAGGCGACUUUGUUCAGUGAUGAAGGUGAAGUAGAUGCAGUCAGGUGAAGGAUGGAGGAAGUAAAGAGGAUAAAAUGAUUAAAAACAUCAUUUUUAGAAAAGGAAGGAAUGAGAACUGAAAAUCAGUGGCUCAGGUUCAGUCACUCUGUGGACUAAAGACUAAAAAACACCUUCAGAGUCUGUGUUUAGGAGUGGUUGUCAUGGUGUUUCAGCUCGGAUUAAAACUCUUAUUUAUCAUCCUAUCGACCUCCUCAGGAUCACUCUGCGGGUCAGGAAGCUGCUGCUGCUCAUCCCCACAGACCCGGAGGUUCAGGAUGCUCUUGACAACUUCGUCCCCAAAGAGUCCAGCGUGUGGAGCCACCAGGUACAUCAGGAUGACUGUGACCCCACCCCUUCAUUCAACUCCACCCUGACUCCUCCCCUUUCUUUGUCCAUGUCUCUGUCAUUUUUAACUCUGUUUGAUAUGAUAUUCUUGAAUCACAGAAAGUCUUCUUCACAUGGGGUCAGGGUGUUCGUAUCUCAUAUUGACUAGAACUUUUCUGUGUUUCUGUGUGGAUAUUUUAUUGUAGAAGACCCUCUUCACGCUGGGGCAGGGUUCAGGCUCUCGUUCCCCGUCUCUGUCAUCCAAACAGCAGCACCAGCCGAGUGCUGCCUCCAUUUUAGAGUCUUUGUUCAGGUCCUCAGCACCCGGCAUGUCCACCUUCAGAGUCCUCUACAACCUGGAGGUAACACGUGGACACACACACACACACUCACUCCAAACAGGGCUGUUCUGGAAAUAAGACAGUCAAUUAAUGCUCCUCCUCUUCCUGUCUCUUUCUGUCUGUCCCUCUGCCCCUCUCAGGUGUUGAGCUCGAAGCUGAUGCCGACCUCUGAUGAUGAAAUGGCUAAAACCAGCAGCAGGUCUUUCUGUGAGAACUUCCUGAAGGCAGGAGGCCUCAGGUACCGCACAAGCUUUAGAAAACCAAAGAUUUACGCAGAGCUCUGACACAGACACGACAGAGAAACAGCCAAAAAGAAAAAAGACAAACAACAACAUAAACGUACAGAUAAGAUGUUGAUAAAAGUGUUUUGAUGUUAUUUCUGUGUGUGUGUGUAGCCUGGUGGUGAACGUGAUGCAGAGGGACUCGGUGCCCUCUGAGGUGGACUAUGAGACCCGACAGGGCGUUUACUCGAUCUGCCUGCAGCUGGCCAGGUGAGCCUCACCUGUCCGUCACUCACUGUGAUUUUACCUCUUCGUCAUUUCAUUUUAUUUCAAACUUUAUUUCAUUCAGUUAAUAUUUAAAACAUUCAAUACAAACAAGGAAAAAUCUCAAACGUGAAUGAAGAGGAGCAGAAACAAGAAAAGUCUCAGAGUCUGCUCCUCUUACAUAAGAUAUUUCAUGUGAGGAGGAGCUUCACGCGUCUCCCUUUGUUUCUGCAGGUUUCUCCUUGUCGGUCAGAGCAUGCCCAUGGCGCUGGAUGAUGAUGUCAUAAGAGACGGCGAGGCACUGUCGUCUCGUCCGUUUCGUAAUGCAGGGCGGUCCGGGCGGCAGCUGUCCCUGUGUGGGACUCCGGAAAAGUCCUCGUACAGACAGAUGUCUCUGUCGGAGCGCUCGUCCAUCAGGGUGGAGGAGAUCAUACCUGCAGCUCGAGUCGCCAUCCAGGUAAAACACGCUCACCUGCACAUUUUUACCUAACCCACCUUCCCCCCAAGCCCACAUGGUCCUAACCCACUGUCUCCACAGACCAUGGAGGUCGGCGACUUCACCUCCACUGUCGCAUGCUUCAUGAGGCUCACCUGGGCAGCUGCGGCGGGCAGGUUGGACCUGGUGGGCAGCCCUCAGCCAAUCAGAGAGAGCCACACUUCCCUCUUGCCUCAGGGGGUCCGCACCCGGGUCAGCAGCACAGGUGAGACAGAUAUCUUACCUCACUGAUUUUACAUAUAGUAGGAGAAGAGGAAGAAAAGGAGGAGCUCCUCCAUCUUUCCCUCCCUCCUCAGAGCUCUGUCUCUCUCUUGUCCCCAUCUUUCCUUCUCUGUCACUCAGACUCCCGCUCUCAGACCUUUACAUAGACUCUAACAGACCUCAGCUUCAGGUUGCAGAGUGACUCAUGUUUCUGUUGAUGUUUGCAGGAAGUAACUGCAGUUCCAGCAGUGAAGGGGAAACCACGCCAACAGCAUUACAUGCUGGGAUAUGUGUCCGGCAGCAGAGUGUGUCCAUCAAAGAUGCCAUCAUUGCCCGAGAGGCUCUGUCUCUGCUGGUGACCUGCCUUCAGCUCCGCUGCCAGCAGCUCUGUAAGACUGACAGAAACACACACACAAAUAAACACAUGAACACACGUAAACACAAACACACACUAUAACAGUCAGAGGUUAUUACUCAGGUCCUCUCUCUCUCUCUCUCUAUCUCCACAGCAUCUUUCUAUAACCUUCCCUCCGUCAGUGACUUCAUCAUCGACAUCCUGCUGGGCUCUCCAAGUGGAGAGGUAACACACAAACACACACAAACACACACACUGCCAACAGUGGAAAAUUAAACAUCCCAAAUGCUAUUGUUCUCAUUUCCGUCUCUCUGACUAAUGGUCUCUCUCUGUCCCCAUCAGAUCCGGCGUGUGGCGUGCGAUCAGCUCUACACUCUGAGUCAGUCGGACACCUCUGCGUUCCCUGAAGUCCAGAAACCAAACCUCUUCCUGCUCUCUGUCGUCCUCACCGCUCAGCUGCCGUUAUGGAGUCCAACGUCCGUCAUGAGAGGAGUCAACCAGAGGUAACCAACACACCUGAAACACCUGCAUCACCUUUAACCAGUCUGAGUGUCAGAGGUGUGUGUAUUAAUGCUGCUGUCCUCCUCAGGCUGCUGUCUCAGUGCACGGAGUACUUCGACUUAAGGUGUCACCUGCUGGACGACCUCACCUGUAAGACCUCGACUCUGAUUCAGUCACACACAACACACCUGAGUGAAAUCAAACCUGUUAUGAUGACAGCCUGUUAUUAAUCCGAUAACUACAUCAUCCUUUUCUGCAGCGUCAGAGAUGGAGGUGGUGAAGGUGAGCGCGGCGGCGAUGCUGGAGGACGAGAUCUCCUGGUUGGACAACUUUGAACCAAGCUGGAGCUCCGAGAUGGAGACGAGCGAGGCCGACAACAUCCUGCUGGCUGGACACCUGAGACUCAUCAAGACGCUGCUGUCACUGUGUGGGAAGGAGAAGGAGCACCUGGGUGAGGAGGGGCACACACAGAAACACACACACACACAUAUUCUCACUCUCUCACUCUGAGCUCUAUAAUGUCAAUAAUCCGUAAUAAUUAUCAUGUUAAUCUUCCAUCUGCAGGUCCAUCUCUCAUCCAGCAGCUGUUGGACGACUUCCUGUUUCGAGCCUCAAAGAUCAUCAUCAACAGCUCCAACCUGACCCCCUCCCCCACCCCGAACCACGACUUUCACCCAAAGUACGUUGGAUUUCAGCUUUACCCUCAGACUGUGUGUUCAGAGCGGUUUUAACUCUGUCGCUGAUUUAUGAUUAUUAUUUAACUUCAAAAUGAAAACAAAUCACGUAGGGAGUGUGUUUUAUGUUUGUUCUGCAGAUCAGCUGACCACCUUCACACUAUGCCCAGAAAUAAAAUAAAAAAAACAGAAAAUCUUGAAAAAAUUGACAAAACAGACAGCCACCUUCUCAUUAAUGCACAUACAGACCAAAUCUGUCCUCUAAUGAGCCCACCUGAACAGGUAAAGUCUCAUCAGCAAACAGCAGAUUUGACCACAUCAAGAAUGAAACCAUGAUCUGAAGGAGCUCACAAAGUCCCAAAGACUCGACAGAACCAAAACAGUUCAGAUACAGACAUGAAUGACUAAACCCAUAAGGGUCUGAUGGUUUAGAUCAACCUGUCAGUCCGCUUACCAGUCCAUGUGUGCAUGCGUGUUUGUUUGUGUGUGUCUCCAGGUGCAGCACAGCCAGCAGUCGUCUUGCCGCCUACGAGGUUUUAGUCAUGUUAGCAGACAGCUCACUGUCCAACCUGCGACUGAUCACCAGAGAGCUGUUGUCCAUGCACCACCAACUCGACCCAUCUGUCUGCAAGGAGUUCGAUGUAAGACCAGAACACACACACAGAUACACACAGUUUAAUUUUUUUUACAUAAAACACACACACAGUGCCAUCCUAUAUACUUUAAUUAUAUAAAAUAAACAAACAGAGUUAUAGAAAAUACACAAACAAGAUUUACUCUGUUUAAUCUUAAUAAUCUGCAUAUUUACAGUUCAAUAAUAAAGACACAAACAAAGUGAGAUCAUGAACAAACAUCCAGUUGACUGAUGUUAAAGCUGUCUCCCCCUCUGUGUCUCUCAGUAUCUCCCCCCUGUAGAGAGCCGCUCGGUCUCGGGCUUUGUGGGGUUAAAAAAUGGCGGCGCCACGUGUUACAUGAACGCAGUCUUCCAGCAGCUCUACAUGCAGCCUGGACUUCCAGAGGUAUUGCGUUCAUGCUGUUUUCCUCUCAAGUGGGGGCGUCGGAGCGGGGCUGUUGUGUUCAUGGGUUUAUUGUGUUUGCUUUGAAGGCUUUCCUCUCCAUCGAGGACGACACGGAUCAACCCGAGGAGAGCGUCUUCUACCAGGUCCAGUCUCUGUUCGGUCACCUGAUGGAGAGCAAGCUGCAGUACUACGUCCCCGAGAACUUUUGGAAGGUAACAUACACGCACACACAAACACACACACACAUACAGGUGAUGUAAUAACCAAGUGCCCUCUGAUCACACACUCGCCUGUUCAAAGUGACUGCAGCAGUCAUUUAGAGAGUGAUUUACCAAACAGGUUACUUCAGCUGAACUGAGCUCACUGCUGAGAGUCUUACUGACUGAGCUGCUUCUAAAGACUGUAUAUAGAUUUUAAUGAAACACUGAAAUGUCUCUGCUCAGAUCUUCAAGAUGUGGAACAAGGAGCUGUACGUCAGAGAGCAGCAGGACGCCUACGAGUUCUUCACCAGCCUGGUGGACCAGCUGGAUGAACACCUGAAGGUAACACUCACACCUGAAGAAAGAUCUCACUGACACCAGAGUAAACAGAAACACUGAGUGCUGGUUUUGAACUGUGAGCUCAUAUGUCAGGGAGUCCAUCCUCUUUAGAGAGGAGGAUGAUCCUGAAGCGCAGUUGUUCUCAAGUGCAGUCCUCGAGGCCCACUGUCCUGCAUGUUUUGGAUGUUUCCCUGCUCCAACACACCUGAUUCAAAUGAUCAGCUCGUUAUUAAGCCAUUAACGAGCUAAUCAUUUGAAUCAGGUGUGUUACUCAGUGUGUAUUUCUCAGUGUGUGUCUGUUUUGUUAAUUAUGUGUAAUCAUGUCCUGAACAGAAAAUGGGUCGGGAGCAGAUCUUCAAGAACACGUUUCAGGGGAUUUACUCAGACCAGAAAAUCUGUAAAGACUGUCCUCACAGGUGAGCAGGAAGACAUUAAGGUUGAUUUUGGUUUCAAUCCAUCACAGAUAGACUCUGACCUUUGACCUCUUACCUGACAGGUAUGAACGUGAGGAGACCUUCAUGGCUCUGAACCUGGGCGUGACGUCCUGUCAGAGUCUUGAGAUCUCUCUGGAUCAGUUUGUUCGGGGCGAGGUGCUGGAGGGCAGUAAUGCCUACUACUGUGAGAAAUGCAAAGAGAAGGUUUGUGUGAACUCACCUGUAACUUGACUGUCAGCCCGUCUCAAUGCAGGUUCGCUAACUCAAUGUUCACCUGCAUUUAUCCACACAGAGAACCACAGUGAAGAGGACCUGCAUCAAGUCACUGCCCAGCGUCCUCUGCAUCCACCUCAUGCGCUUCGGCUUCGACUGGGAGAGCGGGCGCUCCAUCAAGUAUGACGAGCAGAUCCGGGUACGCAGGUCACCUGUUAACUGUUACCAGUUCCCUGUUCACCUCGUCUAUUUACUGUAUUUUCCGGACUAUAAGUUGCACCGGAGUGUUAGUCGCACCAGCAGAAAAAUGCAUAAUGAAGAAGAAAAAACAUAUACUGGUAUAAGUCGCAUUUUUGGGGGGAAAUUUGUUUUACAAAAUCCAAGACCAAAAACAGAUAUUUCAUCUUGAAAGGCAAGUCAUAAUAAAAAUCUAGCUAUCGAGGUUUUAGCCCGCGAUGAGCUUUUUUGUUUUCUUCAUUGCAGAGAGAGUAACCGCCGCUUUUCGCCAGUCCCUUACAAGUUUCUCGCUACCUCCAAACCCUCUCUCUCUGCUGCUCGAUUGCCGAUUUUGGCGCAUAUUUCACUACUUGCAGCUUGUAAUCUGCAGAAUAUGAUUCUGUCAUGGGGCAUUUGUUCUCAGUCUUGCUCAGUUGUAAAUAUGAGUUAACGUUAAUAUUAAAUCUUCAGUGGUACAGGAGUAGCAGAUACUGCCACAGCAGCCUAGAGUGCCCUCUAGUGGCUGUUAGUGUGAAAAUAACAAACGUGAUAUUAUAUAUAUUUUGAUAUACAUAAGUCAAACCUGAGUAUAAAUCACAAACCCAGCCAAACUGUGAAAAGAAGUGCGAAUUAUAGUCCAGAAAAUACAGUAGGUUCAUGUCCUGUGUCAGAAUCAUGACUCACUCGGAUAUUUCCCACAGUUCCCCUGGGUGCUGAACAUGGAGCCGUACACCGUGUCUGGGAUGGCUCGCCAGGACUGCAGCAGUGAGGGCGGCGAGGGGCGGGGCGACGGCUCGUCGGGAGGGUCUCCCAGGAAGAAGGUCACAAUAUCUGAGAACUACGAGCUGGUGGGAGUUGUAGUUCACAGCGGUCAGGCUCACGCAGGACACUAUUACUCCUUCAUCAAGGACAGGCGGUAAGAGACGAUCAAGGUCCUCCUAUCACCUGAGCAUUCACCUGUCCACCUGUCUGUCCAUCUGUCUGCAUCUCUGUCUCUCUGGUCUGAAUCCUGCUUGUGUCCUUGUUUCUGUCCCUGUCUCUGUCUUCUGAUUGUUUAAGACUCUGUUUGUAUUGAUCUGCAUAUAAAAGCAUUUAAUUAAAUCAGGAGCUAAUCUUCUUGUGAAGGCAGGUGUCUUCUCUUGACACAGACCGCCCUGUAAGGUGACCUGUCGUGCAUCUUGUGGACAGUUACCUGUCUCAUCUGUCUCAUAUAACAAAUCCAGAGUGUCCUGUCCCUCACUUUGUCCGCACUCUGUUUCUAAAUACUCACAAUGAAUUUAUCUUCUCCCCUCUCUUUGUCCUCUCUCAGAGGUGGUGCUCGUGGACGUUGGUAUAAGUUUAACGAUAACGUGGUGGAGGAGUUUGACAUGAACGAUGAAACUCUGGAGUACGAGUGUUUUGGUGGAGAGUACCGGCCCAAAGUCUACGACCAGUGUAAGAAACUACGUUUACUUUGACCUCAGUUUGAACAUCUAGACAUCCAUCACUCAUUACUCGCUAUUCCAUGUCUAUGUUGAGAUGAUUCAUCAUUAAUGACCCCAGCACAAAUUUUCAUAUUUAGACUCCACGGCUUGUGUCAGUGGACAGGUUUAAACCUCAUCUUUUUAUCAUUGUCUACAGACACUAACAGCACAAACUCUGAGAAAAAACAAGAAUAUGAUGAAAGUUUUUAUCAAAUUUUAGAGAAAACAUUUUCAACCAGAAACAGAAAGACACAAAAAGUCAACAGGACACUGAUGCAGAUCUACAGCGCAGCUUAUGGACAACUAACAGUGUGUCUGUCUGUUUGUGUGUGUGUGUGUGUGUGUGUGUCUUUUGGUGUGUUUGUGUGUGGGCGUGUGCAGCUAACCCAUACCCUGAUGUAAGGAGGAGGUACUGGAACGCCUACAUGCUGUUCUAUCAGAAGAUCAGUGACCUGAACUCACCUGUGCUGCCCAAGAAGAGCAGAGUGAGCAUCAUGAGGCAGGAGGCCGAGGACCUGACGCUGUGAGUCUGCAGACAAUUUAGACUUAUUAUUAUUAUUAUUAUUAUUAUUAUUAUACUCAGAAAUGUCUGUUUAAUCUGAUAUUUUAAAAUGAUUUUAAUCACAUAUCUAAAAAAAAAUCUAUCAGAAAGACUCAGCAGGUCCUCUCUCUUUUCUCAUCUCUCUGUGUCUCUGUGUUUCAGGUCUGCUCCCUCCUCCCCCGACGUCUCCCCUCAGUCUUCGCCUCGCCCCCCCAGAGCCAACAAUGACCGCCUCACCCUCCUCACCCGUCUGGUCCGUAAGGGGGAGAAGAAAGGUCUGUUUGUGGAGAAGAUGCCGGCCAGUAUCUACCAGGUCAGAAGUCAUCAACACAUGAAUGUCACAGAGACACACAGAGUCCACAUUUACAGAGAUACAGAGACAAACAUAACUUCUUUGUAACCUGGUUAGAAACAGAUUGAAGAUUUUGACAGCUCCAGGUUACUUCAUCUGACCUCUCCAUCCCUGUCUUUGUGUCUUUGUCUCUCUGUCCCCCUGUGUCACUGACUGUGUUUUUCUGUCUGUGUUCAGAUUGUAAGAGACGAGAAUCUGAAGUUCAUGAGGAACAGGGACGUCUACAACAGCGACUACUUUAACUUCAGCCUCUCCCUCGCCUCCGUCAACGCUGUAAGACUUUCUGUUUCUUUUUUUCAUGUCGUAGUGAACAAAAUGAAAACAAACAAACAGACUGGGCGGGUCUAAGGUCAUAGACAGCAGAGCAGGACACAACUGUUAAAACCCAGACAAUCCCAUUUACUCAGAAAAUAAAGAGGAAGAAAGAAAAUCUGUUGAGUCGGUGCAAAAUCACUGUUAAUUAUUUUUUAAUAGAAGCGCACAGUGUCUCUGUCAGUAAUGUAUCUGAUGUCCCUCACAGACCAAGCUAAAGCAUCCAGACUACCAGCCCAUGGCCAAAGAAAGUCUGCAGCUGGCUGUCCACUUCCUGUUCCACACCUACCUGCACACCAAAAAGAAACUCAGGUACAUCCACACCUGAUUUAUUGUAGCUGUCAGUAACAAGCAGCGUCUCCCAGCAGCCCUGUUUCAUUUUCUCUCAUCUGUCUGACAUGCAGAGUGGACACAGAGGAGUGGAUGGCCACAGUGGAGGUGCUACUGACCAAGAGCAGCGAGGCAUGUCAGUGGAUGGUUCAGUACCUGGUUGGACCCGAGGGACGGGAGAUCACCAGGUAAUAUCCAAGGAAUCACACACACUUGCAUACAUUUACACUGACGAUCAGCCUGUAAUUAUGAUAAGCUUGAGGAAGAGCAGCCCAAACAUGAUCAGUCUGAUUAUGAAACUCUGGAUAAUCAAGUCAAGUCAAAGUUUAUUUUAAAGCACUUUUAAGAAGACAGCAGUCAAUCAGGAUAAAUAAAAGAAGUAAAUAAAUAGAUUACAAUAAAACAAAAUUAAAAACCGUGGACUAAAAUGAAGACAAUAAAAGAAUAAAAGCCUGUAAUGUGCCUAUAAUAAUCAAACCUGAUCAUUUCAAGCCCGGUGAUAAUCAGCUCACUCAUGAACAACCUGGUGAUGAUCAACCUGGUAUUUAUCAGUCUGACAGUGAUCAGUCCACACUAGCCAUGUUUACAUGUGCAAAAUUUCUUGAUCUGAUUAAAAUUUUGUGGGAUCAGAUCAUCUGAAUCCACUGUUUAUAUUAGCACAACAUCAAAUAAUCCACAUCUGGUGGAUGUGGAUUGUCUGGUUUCGCUAAAACUACCGGAGAAGAAGAGUUGUAUUUACGCCUGUGCUGUCAACAAACCAACAAUGGCAGUAGCAGUUUACUCCAUCCAAUUCAGGAUAUACCCCCCCGUUAAAUGUUGUCACUAGAUGGCGCCCUUGCUCACUUUUUUACUGCCCCGUCAAAGGUUGCGCUGUACGUGCAGAUGUGACAUUAUUGCGCUGUAGUACGCCUUGUUAUGUUAACAGAGGAGCAGACACGGCUCCUGCGGUUGUGUUUUGUGUUAAUAAUGAAACCUCCUUAACUGGCCUUAAUAAAUAAGCCAAAAGCUAAAGAGUGAAGAUCGAGUCAGGUAAGAGAGUCAUGAUCGGAAUGAGUGUUUACAUGAAAGCGUUUCGUAAUAACGAUCGGCAUAAACCACCCCUCUUGAUCGGAAUACAAUUUCUUUCUGAUUGAGUUGAAUUGGAUCAAAAUCUUCUGAUCGACAUGUUUACAUGAUGCUUUUUUAUUCCGAACAGGCAUUCAUUUCGGUUAUUUGUGCCCAUGUAAACGCAGCUAUUGUUGGUCUUGAUCUUUGUUGAUCAGGAAUGAGCGGAUUAGGUGUGAACAUCCAACCUGACCUUCCAUCUCAGAGUAGCUGCUUCAUUUCAGACUGCUGUGACUUUUCUCUCUUUUUUAGCUGUUUAAACAUGUCACAGUAUAUUCAUGUUUUUUUGUUAUGAUUGUUGUACUCCUCUCUGACCCUGACAUCUGUCUCUGCCUCCCCUCAGGGUCUGUCUGCUGGAGUGCAGUGUGAGGGAGGUGAGAAUGGUGGUGGCAUCCAUCUUGGAAAAGACUCUGGAAAGCGCUCUUCUUUUCGGAGACCCAGGACUGGACAAUUUGAUGGACGCCCUUCUCUCCUUGUUGGACAAAGACGUCCCUGAGAAUGUGAAGAACUGUGCGCAGUAUUUCAACCUCUUCAGUAACUUUGCUCAGAGGGUAAAAAGCCGUCGACUAACAGCUCUGUCUUUUUACGAUCAGUCAAAGAAAUGGGACGAGGUCUGAUGAUUUUCUCUUGUUGUCGGUCUGUCUCUGUUUGUCUCACUGUCUCAGGGAUGUGGUCCCUGUCAGCUGUUGUUGAAACACUCAGCGUAUCGUCGGAUGCUCAUCUUCCUGUUAGGUCCCAACAGACAGAACAACCAGGUAACUAUUGAAAGAGGUUUCCUCUCCGAGCCUGUUAGAUUUAAGGGGUCUAAACUGUGAGGUGCUGCUGGUCAGAGUUUAGUCCUCAUCAUCUUGUUUUUUUAUCUAAAGACUCAAAGUACAAGUGUCUGAAAAUAAAAGAAGUUUAGUGUUCAGAACGGGGCCUCUGCCGAAAGCUAUCCGACUCUGAGAAAAGUGAGACGUGAACCCAGCAAAGACUUUUUUUUUUUUUUUUUUUAACACAGCUGUUUAUUCACAUACGCUCCCACAUUUAAACCUGUUCAACCAACUUUGAGCCCAACAGUAGUGGAAGCAAACAGGGUCCAGGUUCAAACAGGGGUAUUUUAAAAACAUAUGGGUAUUUUAAAUCUGAAUAUCUUUGGAGUUGUGGGAUACAGUUUUCACUCUGAAACAGCAAACUUCUGCUAAAAUACAGAAUAAAAUGAAGGAUUCAUGUCCAACACAUGUUAAAGCUUGUUUUUGGUGUUUUCUAACAGAACCGGCGGUGGAGUCCGGCUCAGGCUCGGGAGUUCCUCCACCUCCACAGCACGCUGGCCCUCAUCACGCUGCACUGCGAGCUGAACCCUCAGAGGACUCACGGUCAGACCCUCUCUGUAAAUGUUUGAUAUUCAUGCCUCUGAACCGCUCGCUCUCAGUCUGAUCAAUCUCUGUCUCACCUGGUGUCACCUGCAGCUCCAGGAGGGUUCAAACUCCGAGUAAGCUGCGCCCCUUCCUCCUCCACCUCGCUCCUUCCCCUGCACUCGGACAUCAUGACCUCGCUGUUCACCCCAGAAGGGCAGCCGUACCUUUUAGAGGUGACGUCCAAAUACUGACCCACGUUGUUUUAAUUGACUGCUGUCGGUCCUUUACCUAGAAUCAUGCUUGAGGUUUACAUUAGGCUUUUAAAAUCUAACAACGUUUUUGAGUUUUGAGUCAAAGAAUGCACUGACAGUGUUCAAUCUGCCUUUAAAAUGUGUUUUUUAAAGAGGAAGGCUGUAUUAGCCUGAAGCCAAACUGAAUCAAACUCCCUUCAGCAGCCAGUGCAGUCUUCAGUCAGUGCAGUUGGUGCAGUCUGCUAUCAGUACAGCCUGCAAACUGCAAACUGUCCCAUUCACAAACUUUGCUUUAAAUGCAUACCUUUAUUUUCAUUUCAAUAUCAAUUCAACCGUUCUGAAGGUUGACUCCUGGACUUUUAGUGAUUCUCACAUUCAUGUUUUUAUUUUUUUUUCCUCUAGAUUUUGAAUGAAAUGGUGAAUAUUUUUAGUUAUCGUGGUGUUUAAAGAUCAGAGGAAGUCUAAAUGUGUCAAUUUCAAUAAAAACAAGAGAGAAAAACUAAAAAGUAAAGAGUGAGCAAUCUGUUAGAGUAAAAGUUAAUCUGAUCUGGUUUUUGAUUUUCUGUUUGUGUGUGUGUGUGUGUUUGUGAUCAAGGUGAUGUUUGCAAUGCGUGAGCUGUCUGGUCCUCUGUCUCUGCUCAUCGAGAUGAUCAGCCACGUCUCCUUCUGUAAUGAACCCUUCUCCCUGGGCGUGCUGCAGCUGCUGAAAGUAAGUUACACACACACCUGUCAGACAAGUUUUUUCUGAGCAUGCUCAGUGGCGGUGAUGAGUAUAUUUUGUUUGUAACAGACUCAGCUUGAGACGGCGCCGCCUCAUGAGCUGAAGAACGUGUUUCAGAUGCUGCAAGAGCUGCUGGUGAGUGAUAACAACCAGAUCACCUGCUGAUGUAACACCUGAUUCGUGUUCAGAUCAGCAUCUCUAAGGUCUCUGAAAUCUUUGUCUUCAGGUGAUGGAGGAUCCUCUGCAGUCCCAGCGACUGAAAUAUGCUUUUGAGUCUGAGAAAGGCCUGUUAGGUAGGUGCGCACUGAGCUCUGUGCAGGAUCAUCAGUCUGCAAGCGCUGGUUUAGACUGUUUGUGGACUGAAUCUCUGCAGCAUGUCUCUGUUUGAACUAAAGUUAAACGCUGAAAUCCUAACGCUGUGUUUUUUUCCUCUCAGCUCUGAUGCAUCAGAGCAAUAAUGUGGACAGCAGGCGGUGCUACCAGUGUGUGAAGUUCCUGGUGACUCUGGCUCAGAAGUGAGUUCAUCCUGAGGAGGAGGGGGAGCGGUCUCACUUUAUUAUCCCUCUGAUUUAUCCUUCACUUCAUCCUCUUUAUGCUUCAGGUGUGUUCCAGCCAAGGACUACUUCAAGGACCUGUCCGGACACUGGAGCUGGGCGGUGCAGUGGCUGCAGAAAAAGGUCAGAUCUCAGAGCGGAUCAAGAGCUUUCUAAAUUCAACCAGAAGGAUAAAUAAAAAAUAACAGAUCAGGACCAUAAAGACAGGGUUACGCAUGACAGAACCCUGACCAAAAACUGAGGCGUGAAUGAUGCUAGGCUGUAGGGUGCAAAAUAAUGCCGACUCAGACUCUGAAGGAGGAAGGACAGAGCUGUAAGCCUCCAGGUUCUCUCCUAGGUCAGAGUCUCCGGUCCAUGAGGACCUCCAGAGUCAAACUUUAGACAGUCUGGUCUUUUUGAAGGUUCUCAUGGUCUUGUGUCUCACUGUCUCUCUCUCAGAUGACCGAACAUUACUGGACCCCUCAGAGCAACGUAUCCAAUGAAACUUCCACCAACAAGACCUUCCAGAGGACCAUCUCUGCACAGGUAGGACCAGACACACUCAGGUACACGGACUUCAGUCCUGAAAGACUCUGAUGUUCAUUUUUCUGUAAACUUAAAAUAGUUUCAAUGUUUGCGUCACUCUCAGAGUAAAAUCACCUUCAGACUGAUUUUAAACUGUACUCUAUCUCAGUAUUUCAGACUUCAGGUUCUUUGGUUACUCAGCCUUAAUUAAAUAUCUGCUGUCAUUGGUGUCUGCAGGAUACGUUGGCGUACGCUACGGCGUUGUUAAACGAGAAGGAGCAGUCGGGCAGCAGUAACGGUUCUGAUGGCAGCCCAGCCAAUGAAAACGCAGACCGCAGCCUCAGACAGGUAAAUACACCUUCAUCACCCCUGGUUCCCAUCUGUGAGACUGAUCUGAGUCUGACUUCUGUCUGCGCUGAGAGGAGCGCAAAUGUGUGACGGCUUCAUCCCCUCUCAGUCUAACAGGAAGUCCAUCCCUCACCUGCUUUCACGCCUGUCAAUGCGGGCGUCAAAGGAAGCAGACUACCAUAUUUUUCGAGCAAUAAGGCGCGCUAGAUUAUACGGCGCACUGUGAAUUAACGUCUUUGUUCACACAUGAGGGUCACCGGAUUGUAAGGCGCAUUAAGCAUUAAUUGGUUUAUUGUUGCCAAAGCGUACUCCGGGCCCGGGCUCCCUUACAUGAAUGCACUUCUAGUUUAGACAUUAUAGUCAGGCAGUGUUGUAAACUGCUCAGGGGUCCUGUUAUGGAGCCGAUCAGGUAGUGACACAGCGUACCGUAAUGCUCCAAAUAUCCAUCGAGCGGAGCUGCUUCAUUGCUACACAGUACUUGCACAGUCGUACUUACACAUUUUGACAGAUUUUUGAGCGCAUUGUACCACAUAAAAUCAGUCUGUAAGCACAACGAGUAAUCAUACAUAAGGUGCACUGGAUUAUAAAGCGCACUGACAAUUUUUGAGAGAAUCUAAGGAUUUUAAGUGCGCCUCACAGUCCGAAAAAUACAGUAAGUAAUGGGGGUGUGGGCAUCCUCCCUCCAUAAAGUCCACCAUACAGAGUUGAUUGAACCUUCUGCUCUCUGCAGUGAUGUGGACAGGUAGAUCACAGAGUAGGAGGUAAAACCCGGAGUGGAGUUUCUCUAAGAAAGUGGACUGGAUGUUUUAGCUCAGAGCUGAGACAGGUCAAAGUGAGAAGGUCAAAAUAACCUUUAUGAAAGAGAGUUAGGGCCUGUCCCAGUAGUUCUUACUCCUGCACAGUCAGCUACACCCACACUCACCUGUUCAGUAUUUUAAGCACACCUCCCUUACCUCUGUCUGUCCCAGGGCUCAGAGUCUCCCAUGAUGCUCGGCGACUCAAAGAGCGACCUGGAAGACGUGGACCCUUAGCCUCGCCCAUCAGCAGCACCCCUCUACAAGAGAGGCGGCUCAGCUCCAAGCGGCCGACACAAAGGGCUGUCUCUGCCUCUGAUUGGUCAGGACAUUAAGGACUCAGCAAACCAAUCAGAACACUUCAUCUCUGGGUCUCCAUGGCAAAGAAGGGGCGAUAACUUAAACCACGAAUGACUUCCCGGGAGAGCAGCGAGGUGAUGAUGGAGGAGCUUUUUCUCUGAGGGGAUCCCAAAGGAGCAGAAACAGUCCUUCAGUCAGAGCGACAGCGAGCAGGGCGAUGGACGCCCCGUUUUUACGGUUUCUGCUCUUAUUUACAGACAGACUCAUUCACACUUGGUCCAUAAGUAGACUCCUGCACACCUGGUCCACAGGUGUUACAUCCAGCUUUUAAAGUUCUUCUUCUCUUCCUCACAGCCAAACUCAGACAGACAGAGAGGUCACAUCAGCUGCUCCAGAGGAACUCACACACACAUACACACACACACACACCUGUAAAGUUACACCUACACAGAGAGAGCACUAAAAGGGGGCGGGGUUUAGCAAGCACUUUAUAGUUCAGCCCAGUCCAGUGUGACACUCUUAACUUCCUCUACAGCCUUCGGGUCAACCCGUCUUCUUUUUCUGUUGCUUUUUAUUUUAUUUCUUUUUUUAUUUCAGUGCCACUUCUAAAAAAACACCAGUGACCUUUGACUCUGGAGACCUCAGUGUAAGCAUGGCAACUCAAUACAGGGCCAGACCAGAACAGAUCCAGGACCCUGGUCAAAAACAAGCAGUGCCAUCAUCAGUGCCCUCUUCUCCUUCUCCUGCUUCUUCUUUUCCUCCUCAAUGGAUUUUAUUCUGUUCCUCAUCUUCUUUCUGUCUCUCUGAAGGACCGACUCUCACUCUGGAAGACUGACCCUCACUCUUGUGGACUGACUCUCACUCUGGAAGACUGACCCUCACUCUUGUGGACUGACUCUUGCUCUGGAGGACUGACUCUUGAUUUUGGGACUGACUUGUUCUGGAGGACUUACUAGAUUGGCUCUCACUCUAGAAGACUGACUUUGACUUUCGAAAGACUGACUUAUUCUAAAGGACCGACUCUUGCUCUCGAGGACUGACCUUUGCUCUUGAGGACUGGCACUUGUUUGAGGAUUGACUCUCUUCUUGGAGGAUGGACUCAGAGAAAAUUCUCGCCUUAUGCAAGCUUAGCUGAUCUUUGAUCGUCAGAUUGGCAGACUGAGAGGAGGAGCUCAGGAGCUUUUUUUUAGGUGCCAAGGUUACACACACACACACAUGCACACACACACACACACACACACACACACAUACAGAGUUAACACUAUGAAUGAAUAGGUGAGAUGAUGUUUAUGUGUCCGUCAUGACGAACAGGUCGUCUUGCUCACUGUUACCUCCAUCAGCUGAUUUUUGUUUGCCUUUUUUUUUUUUGCUGUUGUGUACUUUCUAAAAAACACACACAUAGCUCCACCCACAGGUAGCUGUGUGUCACAUGACAUUGUGCAUCCAUCACCCCACUUCCCUCCCUUUAACCUUCCUCACCCAUCAUCGGGAGACUUGAAGUGCCUUAACCUCCCGUUUCUCACCUCUCUGCAGGACAGUGCCCGGAUUUCCUCCCCCAUCACGGCGAUGGGGGGGUGAAUAGGUGUAGAGAGAGAUGUAGGGGGGUGGAGGAGGUAAGGGUAGGGGAGGGGAUAAGGUGAAGGUAAAAUGCUGCUGCUUUUCCCUCUGCCGGCUCGUGCAGACACACUCUAUAGAUACAUGUUAGCUUGCUAGCUACAUGCCCACUCUGCAAACAGGAGCCUCACCUAGCUUAGCAUAUUAGCAUAUUAGCUUUAACAGGUAUAUGUUUACAUUGAGAGGACUGACAGAGACGUUCACACUGAACUGCUUCAGGUGACCGUGCUUUCUGUCAGUCUGAGACAAGAGAAGAACCACCCACCAACAGCUCCCUACCAUCCCACAAACACACACACAAACACACAUAUACACACACACAGACACACACCUGUCCUACCUGUUGCUGUUGCUGUCAUAUCGUGCUCUCCUGCACGGAAAAGAAGUGAAGUCUGUCCUCUCUGUGCCACAGAGGAGACCCCACUCCCCCCCACCGCUGUGUGUUUGCUGUGUAGUUUUGGUUAUAAGCCCCUCCCCCCAGGUGCAUGCAGUCAGUGCCAACCGAUUCACAGUUACCUGAGCAUCCAGCCUGUCUCCAUCCUCAUCACCAUGACAACGACUUCCAAAGGAAGAAGAAUUCAGUCUUUAGUGAGGGGUUUAGGGGGUGAGGGGGUGAGUGCAUGGGGGGGUGGGGCUCUCUGUACGGGUUUUUACUGUCUUUCAGUUUUUGGAAACUCACUCCUGCUGAGGCAGGAUUGUGUACUGCAUGUUGAGCUCUGUUUUAAUUUGUACAUCAGAGUUUGAUUAAAGGGGAAAUUUGAUAUAAAAUAAACUGGAAUGCACAACCUUUGUAAA